AGUCUAUAUGUUCUUAGAAAGACAUCAUUUUUUAGCAAUCAUGCCUAGAGACGUUGGAGCUUAUUUAAGUGAACAACAGCGAAAAAGCAGUGGUGAUCUUGCUACAGAAUGGGGAACUAUUGAAGAGUUAUAUAACAAAAAAUUAUGGCACCAGCUGACACUGAAACUUCUAAUCUUUGUGAAGAAUCCAGUAUUUUCAAAAGGAGAUGGUUUAUUACGGCUUUAUGAAAAUGUUAUUGCCGACUUUGAACACAGGAUCAAUCCUUUGGCACUUAUGGAGAUUGUGAUUUUUGUGGUCAAACAGAUAACAGAUUCAAAACAAGCACUGGAAUUUUUGGAAAAAAUUAAUGAAAAGGUUAAAAGCAGUGACGAGGCCAGGAUUCUGUGUAUGACACAAAUGGGAACAAUCAAAUUACGAAAUAAGGACUUUGAUGGAACAAAGGCUCUGAUAGAAGAAGCAAAAAAAUUGCUGGAUUGUAUAGAUGGAGUCACAACCAUCCACGGACGUUUUUAUGAGUUAUCCAGCAAUUACCACAAGCUGAUGGGUAACCACGCGGAAUACUACAAAGAUGCUCUGCGAUACCUUGGCUGCAUUAAUCUCGAAGAUAUUCCAUCUGGUGAACAGACUGAGAGGGCAUUUAAUCUAGGUCUUGCUGCCAUAUUGGGUGAUGGUGUUUACAAUUUUGGAGAACUGUUAGCACAUCCUAUUCUGGAAUCUCUCAAGUCAACAGACAGAAAUUGGCUUGUGGAUCUUCUGUUUGCUUUCAACAGUGGUAACAUUUCACAGUUUGAGAUUCUCAAGAAAAGCUGGGUGCAACAGCCUGAUUUAGCUGGUCAUGAGGUGCAAAUGAGGCAGAAAAUUUCAUUACUGUGUUUAAUGGAGAUGACCUUCAGGCGACCUGCUACAAACAGGCAAUUGACAUUUCAAGAGAUUGCAAGUGAAGCAAGGAUUACAUUGUCAGAGGUGGAGAUGCUGGUGAUGAAAGCACUGAGUCUUUCCCUGGUGAAAGGAUCUAUUGACGAGGUGGAUGAGAAAGUCCACGUCACAUGGGUGCAGCCUCGUGUACUUGACGUCAUUCAGAUCUCUACGAUGCAGUCACGGUUAAAGCAGUGGUGUGAAGACGUUAAGCAGAUGGAAAAACUGGUGGAAGUCCGAGCCCAUGACAUUCUUACAUAACAAUUGUCGGACACAUCCAAAGGAUAUUAAUACGAACAUUAUCAUUACAUUCUUAUGUUGUGUGUGUUGGAUCACAAAUAUAAAUUCAUUUCAAA